AUGCAAAUUGAUCGGAGAGAAGACGAGUGCGUUCAAAUUUCGCAGCUUCCAAUUGGCAAUUUGGUGAAAAAGACAAUAUUAUUGAAAGGUCGUCAAUAUGCGGUAGAACUGAAGCUUUUGAAAACUAUCGACCACGAAAACAUGCCAGUGCUUAAAUUCCAAGAUUUGUUAGAGCUCACAAGAGCCCUACACGAGUACGAUGCAGAAAUGGAGGUGAGCUUUGCUAAGGAGUGCAAGAUUCAGGGUGUUAAAUAUUGGCUAAUGAGAACAAAAGGCACCGUUGACCCAAAUCGGAGACCAGUAAGAUUUGAUGCACUGCAGAGCGAGGGCUAACU